AUGGAGAAGAAGCUCAAAAAGUUUUUGUCAAAUGCGACACGCGUAGCGCCUAAGAUCUCGAAAAAGGGGGAACUCUUCGAGCUUAGGAAUGGCCUCGUAUCUCCAUACCCGCAGACCCGUAAAGAUGCUAUUAAAAAGACGAUCCAACAAAUGACGUUAGGUAAGGACGUAUCGUCGUUGUUUCCCGACAUACUGAAAAAUAUAGCUGCAUCGGACGUGGAGCAAAAAAAGCUGGUCUAUCUGUAUGUGAUGAACUAUGCAGAGACUCAUCCUGAAUUAUGCAUCCUAGCAGUCAACACGUUUGUGAGCGAUGCCCAAGACUCGAAUCCCCUUAUCAGAUGUAUGGCUAUUAGAACGAUGUCGAUGAUUCGAGUCGACAAGAUUCUGGAGUAUGUGGAGAUACCUCUGCGCAAGACGCUACAAGACGAUAAUCCGUACGUGCGUAAAACAGCCGUGAUUUGUGUGGCUAAAUUGUUUGCUUUGAAUAAAGAACUUUGCCAGGAGCUCGGCGUGUUAGAAGACUUGGUGAGUGCUCUGGAAGACUCAAAUCCUAUGGUAGUUGCAAAUGCCAUUGCCGCGUUAUCAGACAUUUAUGAGACAGACCCCUCCGUGGUGGAAUUGCCAAAGCUCAUCCAACAGCAUGUAUCUCAAUUUCUCUUGGCUUUGAACGAAUGCACUGAAUGGGCUAGAAUUGUCAUCCUAGGCGCGCUGGCUGAAUAUACUGCAAAAGAUUCGCUUGAAGCGGAACAAAUCAUCGACCGAGUAACCCCACACCUUCAACAUGUAAAUGCAGCUGUGGUGCUAGCAACUAUCAAGGUUGUGAUUGCUAAUCUGCCCAAAAUUCAAGUGAACGUUGAUUCCCCAAUUUUUUCCAAGAUCUCCUCAGGGCUAGUGUCUUUGAUGUCAACGCCUCCGGAGAUGCAGUACGUGGCGCUGCGUAACAUUCGCAUCAUUUUGGAAAGGUACCCGCUCCUACUUUCACGAGAACUACGAAUUUUUUACGUGAAGUUUAACGAUCCCCUCUAUGUUAAAUUGGAGAAGAUCGACAUUUUGGUGAGAUUGGUAGAUCCUUGCAAUCUAAAACAAUGUACUCUUCUUCUCGCUGAGCUGAAAGAAUAUGCGAUGGAGUAUGAAUCCGAGUUCGUAUCCAAGGCCAUUCUUGCGCUGUCUCAGCUAGGUGUUAAGUUUUCCGAGGUGAAGUUUGUUCGUAAAGUUUUGGACAUCAUAGUUGACCUGUGUCAGACGAGAGACUCUUUCCAAGAUGAUUGCAUGGUGGCCAUGUGCAACCUUAUCAGACACACGGGUUCCGAGCAAGAUGAUAUGAUCACACAGGUGUGUUCUCUCGCUCAAGUAUGGGGUUCUACGGAGUCGGUUUUUCAAACGGAUUACGCCAAGUGCAACUAUAUCUGGCUUCUAGGCCAGUAUUCAGAGAAGUUCUCUAAUAUUGACAAAAGUCUUCAGGUUUUUAUCGAUUCUUUCACUCACGAAGAAAGCUUGACCCAGAUGUCAUUGUUAAUUACAGUAGUAAAAUUGCAUUCUGUCCUACCUGGUGCAAUGUUGCAGAACCUGCUCAAUUUGGCAACCACGAGCACGGAUGAACUGGACGUACGAGAUAUGGCGAUCAUGUACUGGAGGUGUCUGUCACUCGAGGGUGAAAAUGAGACUCUCAUCAACGAGUUGUGUAAUGCUCAGCUACCACAGGUCGCUACAACUUUGGAUGCUUUUUCUCCUGAGCUACUAGAAACGUUGCUACGAGAAUUGUCGCUUUUGAGUUCUAUUUACUAUAAACCUGUCUCUACGAUGACGAGAUAUCGCAUGCGUACCACUAACGCUGUGAAGGGCAAGCAGCUGAAUGAACUGCAGUACAUGGCUCGUGACGAAAUUAUGAAGAACAUGAACGAGGACAACCUGCUAGAUUUUGAUGGUGAGUCGAAUUUCGCAGCGAAUGCGACGCAACCAAGCAGUUCGGUGCUGAGCGAUAUCAACGACCUGUUUGACUUCGCACCAGUGGUACCACAACACUUACAACCGCAGAGCCAGCAACCAGUAGAUGAGUCAAUUCAAGGUCUCUCGCUCCACGAGAAGCAUGGUUCCGCCAAAACUAGUCAGAACAGUAAUACUCAGGAUCUACUGGAUCUUUUCUGA